UCCUGACGUCCUUAGGUGACUCGGACGACUCGGUCAUCGCUGAUUCUCCGCAAAUCCAGUCACGAUCAACACAGUUGCAGCUUACAGCUGAUCGUUCUGGUGUUCCCCUCUGUGACACAGCAGGCUCCGGGGGUUGAAAUGGACGAAUUCGAGAGCCUUCUUCAAAGCUUCUCAGACGCGCUCAAGUCGAAAUGGAAGGAGGUUACCGAGGGCCCUCCGAUCACGGACCAGAUUCAGGCGUUCAUCCACGCCGUUGAUUGGACGGAGCCGUGGAUCAUCGGUCUGCUGUCGUUCCACGCCGUGCUGCUCCUCAUGGUUCUUCUAACACGGCGAUGGCAGAACUUCCAGUUUGUCGUGUUCGCCUUCUGCGCCAUACUGGUGUACCUAGCGGAGCACAUAAACGCAUACGCUGCUCAUCACUGGAAGGCAUUUUCCCGCCAGAACUACUUCGACCAAUACGGGCUCUUUGUGUCGGUGCUCUUCUUCGGCCCGAUUCUUGUCAUCGGGAUUGUCAUUCUGGUACAACUAAUGGUCAGCACGGUAGAAUUGAUGGUGAAGUGGAAGAGAGCGGAGCUCAAGCACAGGGCGAGAAAGGCAGCACAGCAAGAGAGGAGAAAAAAAGAGUAGGUGCUAUCAGCAUGGUGGUCGUCAGACCUAGAUGUUGCCUUCUCAAACAGAUGGUGAUGGUGCCAGAUGCCUGCAUUGUGCUCUGCAGCUUUGGGAGAUGGUAUUGGAAUGGAUAGUUGUUGUGUUGCCCUGAAUGUUGCCUGCCCAGAUAGCAGGCUCACCGAAAUUAAGGGUGGGUGGGAAAGUCCGCUCAGUUAUACUUUUCGGCCGUUCAUUCUGCCCGUCGGGAGAAUUUGGGCUGCUUAACAUGUACAGUAACGAGGUGAUUCAAACAAGGCAAACAAACAUCUUGAUCUAAA